CCACAGUCAACCAGCAGAUGAACAGCAACCUCUCUCUGCACAGCUUCACAAACCAUUCACAGGAGGGAAAGAUGAAGCUGUUGGUCUGGCUCAGUGUUCUCCUCUGCCUCUUUUCCUGUCAUCUCUGUGAAGCCAGAGUCAUCCCUGAAGGAGUGCCAUAUGAUGAACCACCAGCUGUUCCCUACUGGCCCUACUCCACCUCUGACUUCUGGAACUACGUUGAAUACUUCCGAUCCAUCGGUGCCUACAACCAGAUCAACGAGAUGGCCCGGGCCUUCUUCGCCCACCAGCACCUCGGAGACACCCUGGGAUAUGAGACCAAUGAGGGACAUGAACACUGA